AUGUCGCAGUUUGCGUCCAAGCCGAACAAACCCCAACCGCCGACGUCGAGUCGCUCCGUUGCUCUGUCCGUCUCGCACGGCGUCUGCCGCUCGCUCCGGUGUGACACUGUGCCGUCCGCCACGCGCCGUUUGUGUUCCAACGAGGCGCUCUACGAACAGCUUCUGCCCCGACAAGGAGGCGCGUCACGUCGGGACAAGCAAAACGGUGGCCGCCGCAGCCUCUGCAGCUCAGAAGGAGUGACGCAGGACGUGACCUGCACAUCGGUCGGCGCUGCUCAAGCGAAGAAGUGGCAUUCAGCAACGCAUAGUCAUACUGGAGAGUUGGCGGUGACUGCCUCGAACGAGAGCCGCAAUCCGUUGCUGAGUCGUGAUGGCGAAGUCGCGUAUGCUGCUGGCUCUGUUCACGCCCACGCGCACGAGACCAUGCACGCGAGCGGCUUUCGGCGCUCUUCGUCAGCGCGCGACCGCGAGACGAUGCAGUGGUCAAGCAUAGCAGCUGUUGAGAUGUUAUUGUCGGCUUUGGCCGAAAUUGCAGAAGAAGAUGGCAUGCCGCCAGGUGUGAUCGAUGUAGCGCCAGCUUCACAUGACAAGUCAGCUGAGAUAGGUCAAGCGUUGACUAGCAGCCAGGCUGUCCAGAUGAUUUCGUUCCAGAUCGACGCGCGUCGAAGAGGCUGCUGUAUAACUUUUGCGACACAGACCAAAUAUGUGUGUGGUAGUCGCGUCUUUGUCCACGAGAGCAUGAACGAAGAAGGCAGUCAAGCUGAGUUGGCCGUCAAGUUGGUGAAGCGUGUAAAUCAGUUAAAGAUGGCUGUCACACCUCCAUUGGAGACGUCGGGGCUCGUGGAGGGUGCAGUCAUGAGCGGAGUGAUGGCUCUUGUUGGCGACAAGAUGCGCGUCUGGAGCGGAACGAUUUUUGGACCGAUCGUGCCGGUCUUUGGAACCAGAGUGCGCGGCUCAUGGAUAGUGUCAAUAGGGUGCGAUCUCUACUGCUCAGGCUCCAUGGGUGGUGUGCAGCAGUCCAGACCGAGAGGUGAAGGUUCGUCGAUGGACCUUGAGGAGUACCAAGAAACGAGUGUGAUCGAUGUAGGUGGACUGUAG